AGAAAAAAAACCCAUCGUUAAAAACAAACCAUCCAUUAAUGAAUCCCUCCCAGUACCUCUUCCUAAUCCUCUUGGGAACCUUCUGCGUCUACGGGUUAUGGAAAACAAGCUCUCGUUCCUGGCAAACGCCAAGGGUGCACGCCAAAGCGUCGAUCCAGUUCGACCUCUCGAUUCCAGCCUCGUCCCCGUCCGUCCUCCAUCGUUUCUCCAACAAAACGAACAGAAGGGCCAGCGAAAAAAGUCACAGAAGGUAUCGAGGAGUCGUAUCCAAGUACAUGCUGGAGCUGUACCAUCGCAGGUUGGACGUGGACAUAGUCAAAGCGUUGGAGCCAAUCCACGUGUCCGGUCCGAUCAACGAUGGAGCGAAAAUUCUCGUGUUCUCGGUGCCUCCUAUCGAUCCUGACGAGGUGUUGGAGGUGGCAGAGCUGCUCGGUGUUGCGGGUUCCAUCCUCAGAGUACGUCUCGACCACAUGGACACCUUCGAGAGCUGCAGAUCGAGGAGGGACGACAGUUGGAGAGCUUUCAACGUGACCUCGGCGGUUGCCACGAGGGGUGGCGGUGUUGUCAGGUUUCGGGUAUACGGCAGGGUUGGCUAUCAUCCUUGCGGUGACGGGCCAAUCUUGCUGUUGAGCUACGCCAAAGUGAGGAAGAAGCGUCCACGGAGAUCCGUCCAAGACGAAGAGGCGGAGGAGGCCGACGGGCCUCGAAGAAGGCGGAAGAACUCGUGCAGGAGGCGUUCCAUGUACGUGGACUUCGCGCUGAUCGCUUAUGACGAUUGGGUCGUCGCUCCUCCCGGUUACGAGGCCUACCAGUGCUCUGGAAAGUGUUUCUACCCCUUCGGUGACCAUCUCAGCCCUACGAAACACGCGAUCGUGCAGACGUUGGUGCACGGGGCGCUUCAGGGCGUCGAUCAGGGUGGAAGCAAGCCUGUUGGGAGGGCUUGCUGUGUGCCUACUAGAUUGGCGCCUACUAGUCUGUUGUAUCUGGACGCCAGUGGGACGUUGACUUAUCAGUAUGGGUACGAGGAUAUGGUUGUCGCUGAAUGUGGCUGCCGUUGAAGUGGGAUUCGGG